AUGUCGACUGGAACGCGUUUGUUCACCCCCUUGAAGGUCGGAGCUAUCGAGCUCUCUUCGCGCAUAGCCAUGGCGCCGCUCACCCGGUACCGCGCCUCUGAGGACCAUGUCCAUCAGGAUCUUGGCAAGACUUAUUACGCACAACGCGCUGCGGCUGUACUUGGAACCCUGCUCAUCACAGAGGGAACCAUCAUCUCCGCAAAAGCAGGAAACCAGCACAACGUCCCUGGAAUCUACACCCAAGAGCAGAUCGAAGCUUGGAAAUCGAUUGUCGACGAGGUUCACAAGGCCGGAAGCUACAUCUACCUCCAGUUGUGGGCUCUCGGUCGCGCGGCAGAGCCUGAAGUUCUUUCCAAAGAGACUGGUCUUCCUUUGAAAAGCAGUUCCGCAGUGCCGAUGGAAGAAGGUGGCGUUGUUCCUGAAGAAUUGUCGGAAGAGGAGAUCCUGGAGCUCAUUGCUGAUUUCGGUCGGGCUGCAAGUGCUGCUGUGCAUCAAGCUGGCUUCGAUGGAGUUGAGAUUCACGCUGCCAAUGGCUACCUCAUUGAUCAGUUCACCCAAGACACAUGCAACAAGCGCAAUGACAAAUGGGGUGGAAGUAUUGAAAAUCGAAGUCGUUUCGCUCUCGAAGUCACAAAGGCGGUCGUUGAUGCUGUUGGCAAGGAAAAGGUUGGCCUUCGACUCUCGCCUUGGAGUUCCUUCCAGGGUAUGAACAUGGAGGAUCCGAUACCGCAAUUCUCGCACCUUGUUUCCAGCCUUCGCACUUUCGGACUUGCGUACCUCCACCUCGUGGAGUCGAGAAUCGCUGGAGCUAGCGACUGCAAUGGUUCUUCUGGUGCCAACGGAUUCGCCAUCGACCUUUGGGGACACACAUCCCCUAUCUUCCUUGCCGGAGGGUUCAAGCCGGAUAGCGCCCGUGAGAGCGUGGAUGAGGUCUACAAAGACUCUGAUGUUGUCAUUGUGUUCGGUCGUUACUUCAUCAGCAAUCCUGACCUUGUCUUCAAGAUCAAAAACGGCAUCGAGCUUACUGGGUACGAUCGCUCAACCUUUUAUGCUACGCAGGAUCCUCAUGGCUAUAUCGACUAUCCUUAUUGUGCGGAGUACAACGCUCAGAUCGGGGCUUGA